AUGAGGUUUGCAUUUGCUGAUUGCACAGGUUUUCAAAAUAAGCUUAUUAGUAUGUAUGUUAAGUGUGGUAGUUUGGGAAAUGCUCGUAAAGUCUUUGACGAAAUGACAGAACAAGAUAUCAUCUCAUGGAAUAUGAUAAUUACAGCUUACAGAAGAUAUGGGCGUCCUCAUGAGGCAUUGACACUGUUUCAUCAAAUGCAACGAAUAGAUGUUGUGGUUGCAAAUGCCCUGGUAGACAUGUAUGCAAAAUGUGGAAAUGUACACAAAGCACGUGAAUUGUUUGACAGAAUGGGUCAAAGAGAUGUAGUCUCAUGGAAUUCAAUGAUUGCAGGAUAUGCACAAAGUGGAAUUGCUAAAAGCGCCCUGGAAAUUUUUAAGAAAAUGCAAUUUACAGGUAUGAAGCCGGACUCCACAACCUUUGCAAGCAUCCUCCCAGCCUGUGGGCAAAUGGGGGAUUUAGAACAGGGAUAUGUUCAAAAUGGACAUGUUGAGAAUGCCUUGCAAACGUUUAAGCGAAUCCAAUUUUCAGGUGUAAAGCCAGAUUCAACCACCUUUGCCAGUGUCCUCUCAGCCUGUGCUAAAAUUAGAGCUUUAGAACAGGGUAUGAGCAUCCAUCACAGCAUAAUUGAAAGUAAACUUUUGUCAGAUAUCGUAGUUGUAAGUGCCUUGGUAGACAUGUAUGCAAAAUGUGGAUUGAUAGAUAAGGCAUGCGCAGUGUUUGACAAAAUGUCUCCAAGGGAUGUAAUCUCAUGGAAUGCAAUGAUUACAGGAUAUAGGCAAAAUGGGUUUUUUGAAAAAGCACUGGAAACUUUUAAACAAAUACAAUCGGCUGGUGUAAAGCCAGAUUCCACCACCCUUGUCAGCAUUAUCCGGGUAUGUGCCACAAUGGGAGCUUUAGAACAGGGAUAUGCACAAAAUGGGCUUGUUGAAAAGGCCCUGGAAAUGUUUAGGCAAAUGCAAUCGGCAGGUGUUAAUCCAGACCCCACCACCUUUGCCAGCAUCCUCCCAGCCUGUGCCAAAAUAGGGACUUUGGAACAGGGCAUCAAAAUCCAUCAAAAUUUAAUCGAAAGUGGAUAUUCAUCAGAUGUUGUAGUUGCAAGAUAUGCGAACAAUGGAUUUUGCAAGGAUGCUCUCGAACUCUUUGAACUAAUGAAGCACUCUACGACAAAGCCUGACCGUGUAAGCUUCAUUUGUGUUUUAUUAGCAUGCAGCCAUGCAGGUUUAGUAGAUGAGGGCUGCAAAUACUUCAGUGGUUUAAGCGACUCUUGUUGCUUUAAGCCUACAAUUGAUCAUUAUAUUUGCAUGGUAGACGUCCUUGGCCGUGCUGGAUAUCUGGAAGAAACUCUAAAUUUUAUCAUCAAAAUGCCAAUUAAACCUAUGGAGAUUGUGUGGAUGUGUUUGCUUGGUGCCUGUGGGCCACACAAGAACAUAGAAUUAGGAGUGUUUACAGCAAAUCUUCUUUUAGAGCUGGAUCCUAAAAAUGCCACAACUUAUGUUCUUCUGUCAAACAUUUAUGCGGAAGUGGGCAGGUGGAGUGAAGUUGAAAUGGUAAGGGGACGGAUGAAAGAUAGAGGAAUUGAAAAGAUACCUGGAUGUAGUUGGAUUGAAGGACAAAAAAUGGCAUAUGCUUUUUGUGUAGGAAACAGAUCAAAUACGCGGACAUGA